CUACUUGUCAAGAAAUGAUGGUGCUAUAUUUCAAUUGUUUAAAAUGCAGCUGGCCCUGCCUAAUAGAUUGAACAAAACCAUGUGUUCCUGCACAUCAUGUGUUUUCAGAUAAAUGUACGGGUCACUACAAUGGAUGCUGAGCUGGAGUUCGCCAUUCAGCCCAGUACAACUGGUAAACAACUUUUUGACCAAGUUGUGAAAACGAUUGGACUCCGAGAGAUCUGGUACUUUGGACUGCAGUAUCAGGACAGCAAGGGCUUCUCCACGUGGCUGAAACUCAAUAAGCGGGUGACUGCUCAAGAUGUCAGAAAGGAUAACCCACUGCUGAUUAAAUUCAGAGCAAAGUUCUACCCUGAGGACGUGGCUGAAGAGCUGAUUCAGGAAGCUACGCAGUGUCUCUUCUUCCUCCAGGUGAAAGAGGGGAUCUUGAACGAUGAUAUCUACUGUCCACCUGAGACAGCCGUUCUCCUGGCCUCAUACGCUGUGCAGAUGAAAUACGGUGAAUACAACAAAGAAUAUCACGUGCUUGGAUAUUUGUGCAAAGACAAACUGCUGCCACAAAGAGUUCUAGAGCAACACAAACUGUCUAAAGAGCAGUGGGAAGAACGAAUCCAGGGGUUGCAUAAGCAACACAAAGUAAAGAUUUAUCUCCACAAAGAGGAUGCUAUGAUAGAACACUUGAAGAUUUCCCAGGAUCUGGAGAUGUAUGGAGUGAACUAUUUCAGCAUCAAAAACAAAAAAGGAUCAGAGUUGCGGUUGGGUGUUGAUGCUUUGGGACUCAACAUUUAUGAACGUUCAGACAACCUGACACCUAAGAUCGGAUUCCCUUGGAGUGAAAUAUGGAAUAUUUCUUUCAACGACAAGAAAUUUGUCAUUAAGCCUAUAGACAAAAAGGACUUUGUGUUCUAUGCACCUCGUCUGCGCAUUAACAAGCGUAUCCUGGCUCUGUGCAUGGGAAACCAUGACCUUUACAUGCGACGCCGCAAGCCGGACACCACUGAGGUGCAGCAGAUGAAAGCUCAGGCCAGAGAGGAGAAGAAUAAGAGACAACAAGAGAGAGCACUUCUGGCAAAUGAGAAAAAAAGAAGAGAAAAUGCAGAGAAAGAAACUGAGAAGAUUGCAAGAGAGACAAUGGAGCACAUGGAAAGACUUCGACAAAUUGAAGAGCAGACCAAAAAAGCUCAAGAGGAAAUUGAAGAGCAGACCAAGUGGGCAUUGGAGCUGGAGCGGGAGAGGAAGUUUGUGCAGGAAGAAGCUGAGCGACUGGAGAAAGACCGUAGGAUUGCAGAAGAAGUGAAGUCAGCAUUACUUCAGCAAUCUGAGAGCCAGAUGAAGAACCAGGACAAUCUGGCAACAGAGUUGGCCGAGCUGACAUCCAAGAUCACUCUUUUGGAAGAUGCCAAAAAGAAGAAAGAGGAUGAAGCCAGGAAAAGGCAGAGAAGGGUGAUUGUGGUUGAGGUAGACCUGGAGAAGACAAAAGAGGAGUUGAAGAGUAAUCUUAUUGGGGUCCAGAUCCAGGCAAUGUCCCAGACGGAGAACGACCAUGAUGAAAAUGAUGAGAGCAGUGCCGAGGCCAGCGCUGAGCUCACAUCCACCGGAACAUGACAAGAUCGCAGUGAAGAGCAGCGCAGAACAGAAACGGAGAAGAAUGAACGUCUGCAGAAGCGCCUACAGGCUCUGAGCUGUGAGCUGGCAGAUACUCGUGGUGAAAGCAAGAAAACUGCAAAUGAUCUGAUCCAUGCUGAGAACGUGAGGUUAGGGAGGGACAAAUUCAAUACCUUACGGCAAAUCCGACAAGGAAACACCAAACAGCGCAUUGAUGAAUUUGAGUCCAUGUGAAUUCCCAGUUGGACAGAAUGUCUAUCUGUUAGUUACCUGCUCCCACUUUAUAUUAAGUGGCCUUAAUUACUGUGUACUUACAUUUAAAUCAAUCAUUUGAUACAAUGCACUUAUUGUGUACAUGCAUGUUUUUACAUUGUCCUUAUAUAUAUAAAAAAAUACAUACAACAUUUCAUCUGUAAUUAAUUUCUGUCAUUACAAUUACAAUUCCACUGUUGAUCCAUCUCUUAAACCUCCACAUACCACCAAACCUGUCCCUAACCUUACCUGUAUCCCACCUCAGCAAAUCUGUUUUGCAAUACAGUUAUGAACACAGGAAGUAUAUAGUAGUUAAGUCCACCUAAUAUAAAGUGUGACCAGUUAUGUUAAUAAUCCAUUGCAGAGCAUUUUGAACCAGAGUUGGUGUCUAAAUCAGUGGCAGGUGUACUAGGUGUACUAGGUGAAUUAAAAAGCCUAACAUGAGGUUAAAUCAAGGAUAAAUGUUGUGAACCUCUUGAUUGUAAGACAUUAGACUGUACUGAGUUCACAUCAUAAUUAAUUAUAAAGAAACAAACAGAAGCAUCAUGUACUCAUACCCCUGAUAUGUAAUCUCCAGUGUGACAAUAAAGGGACAACUUUCAGCCACAUGAUCCUGGUGUUCUGGUAAGAUUUCCUCAACGUUUGAUGUCCUCCAGUCACUGAUGGUCACUGAGGCCUUUAAACUACAGUCUGAGUUGUUUUUCGUUUCAUGUGACUUGCAGCAAAUUUCCAGCUCACUGUACAAGUGCAUAUGCUCGUGCACUAUUGGUUUCAAACUG